GCGGCCGAAGGGAGCGCAGAGCAGACGGAUCGCGGGACGGGGAAGGGAGAACGCGGGCCGCGCCGGACCUGGGCGACCGGGGCGAGCAGGAGAGGGCCCGCGGUCGCCGGAGGAGACGCGGCCGCCGCUGCUGCGAGAGCCUCGCGGAGCCCGCCCUUGGCCUUGGCCUUCUGGCGCUGAGGCUGCCGCUGCGGGAGUUGCUGCCGAGCCGGAGCAGAGAGAAAGAGGGAGACAGGGAGAGCCGCGAGCUUUCGGCGCCUUCGCUCUGAUUCACACACGCUCACAACCCCGAGGGCCGGGGAGAGAAGUCCAGGCGCUAUCGCUUUAGCGAUUAAUAACCAGUCUUGAUACAUCAUCAAAAGCAUAGUCUUUGCAAGAUGGCUUACCAGACAUGUCUUUACCCUUGUUCUGUAAACAGUCUCUUGCCCAACAGACAUUUUGCUGCUGCUGCUACAAAGCCUGCAAGAAAAAUUAAAAAAGGUGCCAAGGAAAAGACAUCAGAUGAAAAACCAGUAUAUGAUAUAGAGAAAAUAAAGUCAUACACGUACAUGGCAAGUGAUCCUGAAGACGAUGUCUACUUAAAACGCUUAUACCCACGGCGGAUCUAUGAAGUAGAAACAGCUAUUCACUUACUUAAGAAGUUUCAAGUUCUGGACUUUACCAAUCCAAAGCAAGGCGUUUAUCUUGAUUUAACAUUAGAUAUGGCAUUGGGAAAAAAGAAAAAAGUGGAGCCAUUUACCAGUGUCAUUGCAUUACCACACCCUUUCUCAUCAGAAGUCAACAAAGUCGCUGUGUUUACCGGGAAUGCAUCAGAAAUUAAAAUAGCAGAAGAAAACGGAGCUGCAUUUGCAGGAGGCACAGAUCUGGUCACGAAGAUCUUGGAUGAUGAGGUUGUUGUGGACUUUUAUGUAGCUGUCCCAGAAGUGAUGGGUGAACUUAACCCUUUAAAGAAGAAACUGAAAAAAAGAUUUCCAAAGGCUACUAGAAAUUCCGUUGGCCGUGACAUCCCUAAAAUGCUUGAAUUAUUUAAAACUGCACAGGAAAUUAUGGUAGAUGAAGAAAGGCAGAACUUCCUCAGCACCAAAAUAGCAACAUUAGAUAUGCCAAGUGAUCAGAUAGCUGCCAAUCUUCAAGCAGUUAUAAAUGAGGUCUGUAGGCACAGACCACUGAAUUUGGGUCCGUUUGUGGUUCGUGCCUUCCUUCGUAGUUCAACCAGUGAAGGCUUGCUACUGAAGACUGACUCAUUGUUGCCCAGAGAGGCUGAAACGGAAGAAGCUGAAACCACAGAAGCUGCCUAGAAGUGUUAUAUUGUGAAACUAUUAGGGCGAUAUGUGUGUGUCAAGAAACAACAGAGAUAUCUAUAAAACUGUGUAAUUUCUA